AGUAAGGGGAAUGCUUGAAUACAAAGCCCACCGCUUUCCCUCUCAUUCUGUAGUGCUAAUCUCAAGAAGCAAAGGAUUAAGGGACAUUAUUAAGGAUAUUAUAAUGGAUUGGUGGAAGGACUGCUUGUUAGUGUAAACAAUGAUGUUUAAUCAUCAAUGCUGAAUACCAGCUCUACUUUCAACUACCUGUUAAAUUGUAAUUGUUGGAUUCAUACUCCUGUCUAGGCCUACAAUACAGUAUGUCAGUGAUUUCUUCUAGUUUCUUUCAAGGAAACUGGUUGAAUUUCCUCAGGACUUUGUGUUAAUUGAAGCAAAGUCUACAGAUUAAACAGGUUUGGUUUGGUCGGCAACACUAUCUGGAGAUUUGAUAUCAUUGAAGUUAGAUUGUUAUUAUUUACAAUAAGGUCAUUUGGAGUUCCUGAUCAUCACUUCCCACUUGUUGAUAUUACAUUGCAGGAGGUGUCACUCAAUCUAGCUACUGUUCUGGGAAUACCAUACUCAGGUUUGUUGUAGGGAAUGCAGCUCUCCCUAUAUAAUACUGAUCCAGCUAGCAGCCUAUUGUGUCUAUGGGUUUUUAGCUUGGCUUGAAUGUGAACUCUGGGGUUUCUCGUAUUAAACAACCAAGGACUUGUAUGUUUCACCCACUUUCCAGGAUCUAAAUUGUAGCAGGAAGCCAGACAGCUCAAGUACCUAUCAAACUCUCAUCACAUAGGUACAAUUUGUGGUUGUAUUAGGGAUAAUAAAGUUUGCCUGUCACUCAGUGACGCAAUAUUGGACGUCCUUUCUCUUUGAUUGUUUUGCUGUGGAAUACGCAAAGGAAACGGAACAGGAAGAAGGAAAGAUGGGAUGUUUUGAAUGUAUAUGCCUAUAUGUAUAUAAUAAGUAUAGUCUUUAAUUGACAAUUAUCCCAGACAUAAGGAAGACAUCUAGCGAAGAGCGGUUCAACUUGAUUUAUUCAACCGUAGACAUUGGCAAGAUUUUCCUAGGAUUGAUGCUAUAGUAACAGAAGAUUUGAUAGCCGUUAUUUUAGAAAGUAUAUAAAAAGAAAUUGGCUUUCAUAUCUCAAUUUGUGCAGGAAUUUUUAGACGAUUUAUCUAAUUUGAGGAUCUUACCUAUCUGCAGUUUGAUUGCAUUGGGUCACGUUUGGAGCCUAUCUACGACAUAUGAAUACAUUACUAAUUGCUAAUAGGGAUUUAAAAGUUAAUAUUUAAGCAAAUGGUGCUUCAAAAUUUACAGUAAAACUGUAACAUCACAAUUCUCAAGAAACCAAAAUAAGACUUUUUUGAUACAUAUGCCUUAUUAUUUUACUUCCAUAAUAUUUGUAUCUAUGCAAUUUCACUAUAAUGAUAUUUAAGUGCCUUGUUUUCUAAAAAUAAUAUUGAUUAAUGUCUUAUGAAACGGAAUUGAUAACCGUUCAACCAGCUACUUCCAUCAAACUAAAAAAUAAAAUGGGUUCGUUAGACGAGACCGUUUGUGUCACGCGCCAGUUAAUCACAGACGAGGAAGCAGGAAAGUGCAUGGAGAUUGAAUUCUAUUCCCGCGAGAUCCAUGCUCCCGAACUCUAUUACCAAUAUGUUGAAGAACCACCUUGUUUAAUACGCCAAAUAAUCGAUACAGAAGUCGACGAGGGUGACAUUGUAAUGUUUGACUGUCGUUUUCAUUGUUAUCCCCCACCGGAUGAAAUUCGAUGGUGCAAAGAUGGUCGGACUUUGACAGAAAAUAAACUUUGUAUUAUACGUACAGAAGAAACAGUGACUUCACUUUUGCUUUGCGAUGUUUCAAGGGAGGAUAGUGGUGAUUAUGUUGUUGAGAUUACAAAUGCAUGUGGAAAAAUUACUUCAAAGGCUUCUUUACAUGUUUACCUCAAAGCAUUUGAGGAUAUUGAGGAAAGGUGGAUCCGCCUUCAAGAUAAAGCAAAAGCAAGGACGCAAGCAUUGGAGCAGGCAAUCAAAAGUCUGAGUGACUUUGAGUCUGCUCACAACCGACUGAAAACAUGGCUCAGCGAGAAAGAAAAAAUGAUGUCCGUGUUGGGACCAAUUGGAGUCGAACCAGGAAUUUUACGCAAUCAGAAGCAGCAAAUUGAGGUUCUCCAAGAAGAGUUUGCAAGCCAUGAGCCUCAAAUGGAAUACAUCAAAGAGGCUGGUAAGAACCUCCUCGAAAAACAAGAUCCACAGUCCAGAUUAGACUCUGCACUCCAGCAACAAAUUAAUGACAUCAGUAAGCAAUGGGAUGAUCUUAAAAAUCGCCUUGAUGACCGAGAAGAUAAGAUUGAUAAUGUACUAUUAGAAAGUGAGAAGUUCCAUGACAACUUACAGGACUUCUCUGACUGGUUGACUGGGUUUGGUAACAAGGUCACUGCACUACCAGCUAUUGGUGGAAACCCAGAGGCUGUUAAACAACAGAUGGAGAAAACAAAGAACCUUCAAAGAGAAGUUGAAAACAAGAGCCCUCAAUUACAAGCUCUGGCAGAUGGCCAACGGAAGCUUGGUGUACUCAACCCUGAGUUGACUGCUACUGCGGAGGUCAGUCUGAAGCUGGACAGUGCUAAGGCGCCUUACCAUGACAUCUGCAGGAAGCUAGAUGAGAGGCAAGGUAAGCUUCAAGCAGCACUGCUACAGUCACAAGACUUCGAGGAUUCUUAUGCCAACAUGCUGCAAUGGUUAGGAAGCAAAGACAAGGAUCUAGCAACAACAAAACCUAUCUCAGCCAAACCAGAGGUCCUCAGAAGGCAGAUAAUUGAAUUUGAGGAAACACCAAAGGAAUUAGUGAAACAAGUUUACACAUAUGAUCGUAUGAUCGAGAAAGUUCAAGGGUUAAUGGACGAAGCUAAGUUCGGUCCUGAGUAUGAUGCCCUCAAAGAAAAACAUGAUAAACUAAAAGACCAUUGGGAUAACGUAAACCAUAUGGUGGGCAAUCGACAGGAGAGAUUGAACACAGCAAACGAAAAAUGCAAGGCAUAUACGGAUGAACUCAACCAGUUCUUGCCAUGGUUACGCACAACAGAAGAUCGCUUAGCAUCCGUUGGUCCUGUUUCAACAAAACCAAAUGUAGUCAAACGUCAAUUAGAUACACUUAAGCAAAUACAUGAUGAUAUUAACAACCAUCGAGACCAUCACCUCGCUACCAACACAACGGCAGAGAAGCUGAUUGGCUCCACUGAUGUCGACCAUCCAUUCAUCAGUGAUGAAGUCACUGAGGUCAACCGACGAUGGGAUAAUCUCAAUGAAGACAUGAAAACCCAGCUCUUAGCACAUGAGGAUUUAGCCAACAAACUUGGAGAAUUCCAUGAAAAGCUUAAAGAUUCCCAAACUAACAUCAGUCGCUUCGAAGAAAGACUUGCAUCCCAUGAUGCACUGGGAAUGCUUGGACGAGAUCCAAAGAACCUUGAGAAGUUAAAGGCACUUCAGGACGAAGUGGAUGAGAUAGAUGGAGCCAUCUGUGCAGUCCACGAUAUGAGUGGCAACCUAAUGUCAGCUGCACCAUCACCUAAUGAAUCAGCUCACAUUCGUGAUGAAGUGGAUGGUAUGAAGAAACGGUACACUAACCUAAAAGGACUGAUUGCAGAUCGACACAGUCGAUUAGAAGCCGGUGCUGAAGAACUCAGUUCAUUCCAACUUAUACUCAAUGAUAUCAAAGAACAACUUGAUGAACAAGAAGACAUACAGGAGAAGCAAGACAGGAUAGGUCGCGACCUUGAUGUCCUCACCAGACAGGCAGAAGAAGCUAAGCAAACCAAAGCUAGCAUGGAUAACAUCAAGGACGACCUACACAAGGUUAAUAGGCGCUUCAGAGACAUCAUCGACAGAGGAUUCCUCUCAGAUCCAGAGGGCCUAAGAGAACAGACUUUUACUAAUGUCCCAACUUCUGUGUGGCUUGCAAUGAAGCUUGAUAAUCUUGGUAAACGCCACUCGCGCUUAAAACAACGAUGCGACAGUAGAAAUGAUGACGUGAACAAAGCCCUUGCUAAAGUGCGUGAGUUCCAUGAUGUUGUUGCACACCUUGAUGCCGGUAUAGAUAAUGCCGCUGAUGAGCUCAAGAUACAGAAACCAGUCGGUGCUGAUGUGGAAACCAUCAAAGCACAACAGAAAGAAUUCAAGGCUUAUGUCCGUAACCAUGUAGAUGUAUUAGCUCCCAAAGUGAAGGAAAUGAACCGCAUUGGCCAGAGCCUGGUGCAAAGCGCAGCUCCUCGCGUCAAUACUGGAAAACUUGAAUCCGAAAUGGAGAGAAUAAACGAGAAAUGGGCAGCAAUAGAUGCAAAGAAAACUGACCGUAUAGGCAAGCUGAAUGAGGGGCUUCUAAGAUGUGGUCGUUUCCAAGAAGCACUGCAAUCCCUCAACAACCGUAUUGGUGACAUGGAGGAACUAGUCUCCAAUAAAAAGGAUCCAUCCUCUGACUACAAGGUUGUGAAAGCCCAGUUGUCAGAACAACAGUUACUUGACAAGAUGAUCACAGAUCUUGAGCCUAGUGUUGAAGCCUUGAAGACCAUGGGAGAACAACUUGCCCAAGUAUCUGAAACUCAGGAUAAGGCACGCAUCAACCAGCAACUCUCAGAUCUUGACAGUCGCUGGGGCACCCUUGUUGAGGCUGUCCGAGAUCGACGUCGACGCCUUGAAGCAACAGAGAAAACAGCUAAGGGCUUCCAAGAGCAGAUCUCACCAGUAAUGGAAUGGAUUGAGAAGACUGAACGGCGUCUUGGCCUACAAGAACCUGUUGGAACUGAACAUGGAAAAAUUGAGAAACAGAUUGUUGAACAGCAGGAUCUGCAUUAUGACAUCACAGACCACAAUGCUGAUGUACAAAAGGUCAUUGCUGACGGGCAAGAACUCCUCAAGCAGUGCUCUGGCAAGGAAGUGAUUGAUGUACAACAGAAACUGGAUGCAAUCAAAGGUCGAUACGCAGACCUGGUGCAGAAAUCUGAUGAUCGUCUUAGCCUUUUACAACAAGCCUUGCCAUUGGCUACAGAAUUUGAAAAGAACCAAGUCGACCUUUCUGAUUGGCUAGAUAAAGUUGAGAAUGAGGUGAAAAACUUCAACCACAAUGCAAGCACAGAGAAGCAAAGAGCAAAGCAGGAGAAACUCCAAAAUGAGAUUGAUACCUACCGAGAUGUAUUGAAAAACAUGAACAGCAAUGGUACAAAAUUGAUGGACAUCAGUCCUGGGCAAGGCUCAGCUGACGUACGGCAACAGAUGACCAGUGCAAAUGACCGCUUCAACAAAGUUUCUAGUCAAGUGAAAGAUGUUGAAUACAAGCUGAGUGCAAUGCUAGAAGGAGCCCAGAAGGUUGAGGGAAAUAUGGACAACUUGCUAGCAUGGUUGCAGGAUAUUGAGAAGAAACUGAACACAGCCUGCAAAGAGCCUAUAAGCAUCGACCCUGAUGGAAUCCGUGACCAGCUAAAGAAGGCCAAGGCCCUUGACCGAGACAUCCAUGCUAAAGAAAGCAGGGUACAAGAUACCAUUGGAGCUGCUGAAAAACUCUUGGAACAGACAGCUGAUGCCCGUCAGAAGGCGAAGCUCCAGAAGCACAUUGAUGAACUGGAUAGAACAUACAAAGACAUUUCAAACAAGAGUAACAAACGUGUAGAGGAACUUGAAGAAGCUCUGCCGUUGACAUUACAAUUUGUAGAAUCGCACGAGGAGCUUGCUCAGUGGCUGAAUGAUAUCGAAGCUGAGCUUAGAAAUCAGCGACCACCUGGUCUAGAUGCUGAAGAGAUCAAAAAAGAGGUUAAUAACAAUAGGUUAAUGCAGCAAAUGGUUGCUGAGAAACAACAACACAUCAACAAACUGAACAGAAUCGCUCCUCAGCUGUGUGACCUCAGUCCAGGAUCUGGAGCCAGAGGAAUCCAGGCCAAGGUGGAGGAUGAUAACAAACGAUAUGAGAAAGUAAAAGAAGAAGUGAACAAGAAAGGAAACCAAUUGUUUGACUUCCUUCAGAGAACAACCUCUUUUGUGGAAGACCUUGAUUCAGCUCUAGAGCAGCUUGGUAUUAUGUCUGAGAAGCUAGGCCGCCCUGAAGGUGUGUCAUCUGACCCACACAUGCUUAGGAAGCAAAUCAAAAAGCUCCAGGCUCUGCAGAAUGAAGUUGACAACCAGAUGGAGAUGGUAGAAUCAAUGAAGAAAGCUGGCAAUGAGAUGAUCAAGAGUUCAGAGCCGGAUGAUCCCUCAUGUAAAGAACUUCAAGAGAAGAUCAACCUCCUUGGUAACAGAUGGGAGUCAAUUGUAAAGAAUGCCAACGAGCGGUCUGGUGCAUUGCAAGAGACACUCUUAGCUGCUGAAUCUUUCUGGGAUGAGCUGCAAGGAGUCCAUGCCACCGUAAAAGAGCUGCAUGAAACCAUCAAAGCUCAGGAUCUACCAGCAGUGGAAGUGAAUUCCAUCAAAGAACAGCAAGAUGUUCUUCAGGCAAUCAAGGAGGAAAUUGACAGCACGGCUCAUGACAUUGAGACAUGCCGUCAGUUUGCAGCUGAUUUGAUGAAACUCUGUGGAGAUGCUGAGAAACCAGAGGUCCAGAAAAAUAUUGAUGAACUUAACAAUAGCUGGGAUGCCCUUAAUACUGCCUAUGAAGAUCGAGAAGAUGCUCUAGUUCAAGCGUUGAAUCUUGCAACACAAUUUGAGGAGGAUUUGAUCAAGAUGAUGGCUUUUCUGAACAAAGCGGACGAGAAAUUGGCAGCUAUGGAACCAGUUGGUGCUGAUCCUGAAACUGUUAGGCAACAGUUGGAUGAGAUUAAGGACUUCAAAGAAGAGGUGGAUAAGAGAUCUGUAGAGCUAGAAAAACUACAUCAGCAGUGUAACAAGCUUUUGGCUAAAUCCACUGAGGAAAAUGCAGAAUUUGUGAAAGGUCCUUUGAGUGAUGUUGACAAACACUGGAAGGAACUGAAUAAAGCCAUCUUCCAAAGACAGCAUCAACUACAAGCUGGUCUAUUGGCUCUUGGUCAACUUGAUGGGUCACUUGAUGAACUUAAGAACUGGCUUGACCGCACCAACAAUGCAAUAGAUGAAGAAAUACCCAUCAUAUCGGAUCCCAAAUUUGCCGAGAUUGAACUUGCCAAACACAAGAUCCUCCAAAAUGACAUCAUGGCACAUGAGCCUAGUCUAGCUUCCAUUAACCAAGCUGUUAGAAACUUUGCUGCUAAUACCGACAACCCCCAACUGGCAAGCGUAAUCAGCGCCAAACUUGACAGUCUGAACAAGGAAUGGGAAAACUUAGUUGCUAAGGGUAACCAACGUCAAAAAGACCUUGAAAAUGCACUUGGAGAGUCCAAGACACUUCAAGAUGAAGCUCGUCGUCUGCUAAGCUGGCUGCGCGAUAUUGAUGGUCAGUUAUCAGCAACUCAACCUGUAGGAGGGCUUCCAGAAACUGCCAAAGAGCAACUUGAAAAACAUAAUGAGUUGAUGAGACAUUUUGAUCGUGAAAUCCCAGCUUACCAGAGACUCAUGGAGACAGCAAAGAAAAUGACCACAGAGGGUGAGGGCAUUGGCCAGCUGAUGGAUGAAUUGAAAACCCAAUGGAAUACAUCAAGAAACAAAGCAGAUGAAAGAAAGAAAAAGCUAGAAGAUGCAUUGGCGCAGGCCCAGCAGUUCCAUGAUGCAUUGCAGGCCUUCAUCUCGUGGUUAACAACUGCUGAGAAAUACUUGAACAGCUGCAAGCCACCAAGUACAGUGUUAGAAACAAUCUUACAACAAAUACAACAGCAUAAGGAGUUUAUGAAGGACCUAAUUGGUAAGAAGCAGACAGUCUUGGAUCUUGAUCGCACUGGAACACAACUGAAAUAUUUCAGUCAAAAGCAGGAUGUGAUCCUGAUCAAGAAUCUACUGAUCAGUGUCCAGAAUCGCUGGGAAAAAGUGCAGAAUCGCAGCAAUGAACGCAGCAGACAACUAGAGGCCGGCAACAAGAGAGCUAAACAGUUCGAUGAGCAAUAUAACAAGAUGUAUGAAUGGUUAAGUGAUGCAGACAAUAAAUUAACCUAUGACCGUACAAUUGGCUCAGAUCCAGCAACUCUCAAGGCUCAACUGAGAAAGCAUAAGGAGUUCCAACGAGCACUUGGAGCAAAGCAGCCUAACUAUGACACCAUUGUACGCAACGGACGUGCACUUCGAGAGAAGAGUGAUCCAAAUGACAUGAGAGUCAUCGGUGGAAAGCUAUCCGAGCUCAAAGACAAAUGGGAACUGGUUUGUGCUAAGUCAGUUGAUAGGCAACGAAAAUUGGAGGAAGCCCUGCUCUUCAGCGGCCAGUUCAAGGAUGCAUUGCAAGCGUUGUUGGACUGGGUGUAUCUUGUUGAACCAACACUCUCUGAGGACAACCCAGUUCAUGGCGACAUCGAUACAGUCAUCAACCUUAUGGAAGCUCAUAAACAAUUUCAGCGAGAUCUAUCGAGUCAUAAAACCAGUGUGAAAUCUGUGCAUAAAUCUGCAAAGGAGUUGAUGGAAUCAGCCAGUGAAGACACUUCCCACCUGAAGGCUAAGCUACAGGAACUUACCACCAAGUGGGAAAAUGUCUGCCAGCUGAGUGGACAAAAGCAAGAACGACUGGAUAGAGCUAUGAAAGAGGCAGAAGCAUUCCAUGAAGCUGUACAUCAUCUUCUGGAAUGGCUGGCAGAUGCGGAGCAGAGCUUGCGAUUUCAUGGACCAAUGAGUGAGAAUGUUGAAGUCUUACAAGAACAGUUGGAAGAUCACAAGGACUUUAAACGAAAGUUCCAAGCUCAAGAAAGUGAACUAAACAAGACCACACAGAUGGGAGUUGAUAUCCUAGCCAAAUGCCACCCAGAUGCAGUCACCGUCAUUAAGCAUUGGAUUACAGUCAUACAGGCUAGAUGGGAAGAGGUAAACAACUGGUCAACUCAACGUGGUGACCGCCUAACCACAGCAUUAGAUGCCAUGAAAGACAAUGCCGAACUGGUGGAAGCACUUCUGGAGUGGCUUGCAAAUGCAGAGGAUAGUCUGCAGAAGAAAGAUGCCACUACCAUACCAGAUGACAUCGAAUUUAUUCAGAACCUUUUAGAUGAACAUCAGGCAUUUGAAGAUGACAUGGCCAGCAAGCAAACUGAAGUAGACAAACUCACCAAACCACGCAAACGACGCCUGUCUGUUGAUAACAGUGCCACUGGAAUCCCAAUGCUUGAUAGAGGGCGUCGCACUAAGGGCGGUAAACCUCGCAGCAGGGAUCCUAGCCCAGGACCUGACUCCAGCAUCAGUCCUAGAGUCUCUCUCCUGUUCAACAAGUGGAAGCAAGUCUGGCUAAUGGCGAUGGAUCGUAGAAGACGAUUAAAAGAUGCACUUGAUCGGCAAGCCGAGUUGAAGAAACUGAAGGACUUUAAUUUUGACAAAUGGCGCGAUAGAUACGUGAAGUGGAUGAAUCAUAAGAAGGCUCGUGUAAUGGACUUCUUCCGUAAACUAGAUACAGAUCGUGACGGUAAACUCACCCGCCAACAGUUCAUCGAUGGCAUUAUUGGAUCCAAAUUUGCUACCAACCAGCUUGAAAUGAAUGCUGUGGCUGACAUCUUCGAUCAAGAUGGUGAUGGCUACAUCGACUACAAAGAGUUCAUAUCAGCACUUUGGCCACAAAGAGAAAUUGCCAAGCCGUUAACAGAUGGACAAAAAAUAGAAGACGAGGUUAAACGACAAGUGUCCAUGUGUACAUGCUCCAAGCAGUUCAAGGUUCAGCGAAUUGGUGAGAGCAAAUACAGAUUUGGAUCAUCUCAGCAGAUGCGUCUAGUACGCAUUCUUCGCAGCACAGUCAUGGUACGCGUAGGGGGUGGAUGGAGUGCCCUUGAUGAGUUCUUGGUUAAGAAUGAUCCGUGCAGGGCUAAAGGUCGCACCAACGUUGAACUAAGGGAGAGAUUUAUCUUAGCUGCUGGUGUCAGCCAAACCAUGGCGCCAUUCCAGUCGAAACGAAGCAUGCGGUCGCGUUCACCAUCUGAAUGCAGUACGGGUAGUGCCAGUAUGUCGGGCCCUCUAAUAAAGAUAAGAGAGAAAAAGAAUAUUUCUCGGCCGUGGCAGGAAACUCCUAGAACCACCCGUACCAGAACCAAAGUGACUGAGAGCCCCGACGGAGGCAUUACCAGAACAACAACGAGUCGCACAAAUGGUACAACAAUGACAAGGAAAUUGACAACAAGAGAUGCGACACCAGGUACACCAGCUAGCAAAGAAACCAAUGGAACCAAGAGUGGGUACUCCACUCAAGCGAAGACCACAGGGCGACACACCACUGUCGACUACAACACAAAACAGUACACAGGAGGUACGCUGGGUGAAGUCACAGUGCGUACCAUCACCGAAGAAACCCGCACAGUUACAAUGCCAACCCAUAAGAGAACAACAUAUACACGAGGUGGCAAAACGAGCCAAAAUUCAAAAUCCCACCCAAAGUAGACGACCUUAAUUAUGAAUUAUUAAAGAAAAAUCUCAUAUGAGAUGAAAAAUUAAUUAUUAAUAUUAACUGAUUUAAAAUCAGUAUGAUAAAUUAAUUUGUAAGUGUCACAAUCAGUUUCAACAACUUAACACAUGAAUAUUUUUUAAUGAAAUUAUGUUCUUUUGAAUUAAAAAUGGGAAAGGAUAUUAAUUGGCAAUUGUCGCCAUUAUAUAUGUAGGUUUGUUUGUAUAUUUAGAAUGAAAAUGAAAAGUAUUAAUCAAUACACUAACAAUGUAUUGAUUUAAGUCAAGAUAUUGUAAAUUUUUUUUUCUUGCUUCUGUCAAAUGUACAUGUGUAGAUUUUCUGUAGAAAAACAAAUGUAUUGAAUUUAUUCUAUGUUCCAGUACCUGCUAAAUUCUAGGUAUAAAAUAAUUUUUUACCUCAUAUCUUGCUGAAAAAUAAAUUCUUUAGUAUCAUGUAUUUGGAAAAAAGAUUGGUUAUGACUGGAUGCAAUUAAAGGUGUUAAUAUUGUUUUUUUAAAUAAAAAUUCUUUUUUUAAAUAUGGUUCAUUACCAUACAUGUUGAUCAUAGUAUUGAGUUAACCAGAAAAAAAGUUUAUAACUUGCCAGAGUAUUCAAUGUAUUUCCAGUAAAUUUGAAGAGUGCCAGAUUAGAUUUUAUGCUUUCUGGCAACCUUAAAUGUUAAAAAUUUGUAUUAAAUGGAGUUUUAGAGUUUCUAACCAAAGUGCUCUUUUCAACAUAUGAAUUUGGUUGCAGUUGAGGUAUCUGCUAGUGGGGACUGUACAGAUAUCUAUUUUGUAUCCAAUUUCAAACAUUAUAAAAUGUUUUAAUGCUUUAGGAGAGUUUGACUAAAAGUUGAGGUUUGAGUUUGUGUUCAUGUUUUGAUUUUUAAAGAUUACUUUAUAGAGUACAUACAAUUUAAGUUUUCUUUUGAAUAUGUUUGCUUCUCACUAAUCUAUAGCGUCAUUUUCAUAUGCUUUAAAAUUUCAAUUUUGGGAAAAGUAAACAAAUUCAGUUUUCAGAAUUUUGUUUUAUUUUUUGUUUCUGCUUUGAAAUAUUCAUUUAUAAGGCUUUUAUUUACUCAACUUUUCGUCAGUAACAGCUUAUUAAGUAGAAAAUAUAUGCAAAUAUCUUUUUAAUGUAUUCAUAGUAUAUAAACAGAACGGAUUCACAGAUUAUGUUACUGAUUUUCAAAGGUAACCACAUUAAAAUAUAUCAAGAUCCAGGAAAGAAGUAAAAUUGUUAAUAGUGUCAAUCAGAAUCUACAUAAUGCUAUAUAUGAGCACAUUAUAAUAUUAAAAGUCAAUUCUUUCAAUUUUUAUUUUGGAGUAUUCAAGAUGUAUUAUCUAUUAUAGGAAAUAUAUUAGUCGGCUAGAAAUAUAUUGUUGGCUAGUUUACAUACUUUUGCGUUUGUUAUGUUGUUUAUUUAGAAAAACCAAAGAUUGGGUAAUUUUUUUAGUUUGUUUUGGUAUUUGGUUUAACUAAUUUGUGUAAUAAUCCGUUUAUUUGAAAAGAAAUGCACUCACCGAAGUUUGAUGUAUUAUUUUCUUUAGUUUUUUUUUAUUUGACUAGAUAAGCAAAUGCUGGGUAAAUAAAAGAAAGAAUUUCAGCACUGUUAUCUUCCAUUCAAAGCGAUCAGUUUAAUUAGAAAUUUUAUGCAGAUAUCAUCAUGUGACCAUUAUAAGUGAUUUAAUUGGAUAAUCAAUUGGUGUGAUAUUCAUGUUUUCUAGUUUUGCUUUGUCUGUUUUUGGCGUGUUUAAUUAUUCACAUAGCAAAGCUAUUGAAGUUGAAUAAACACUUUAUUUUGCAGUAAAAUAAA